AUGUUCUCCUCCAGGGAGCAGAUGAAGAGGGUAGUGGUCUUGCUGCUGGGCACUGCCCUUGCUGUGGCGUAUGUGAGUGCCAACCCUGACCGCAGGUCGGGAGGAGGUGGAGGAGGUGGAUAUGGCGGAGGUGGAGGAGGAGGAGGAGGCGGCGGAGGCCACAGCGGUGGAGGAGGAAGUCGAUAUGGGGGUGGUGGAGGAGGAGGAGGAGGCGGAGGCCACGGCGGUGGAGGAGGAAGUCGAUAUGGGGGUGGUGGAGGAGGAGGAGGACACAGUGGCGGUGGAGGUGGCGGAGGAGGAAGAGGAUAUGGAUCUUCAGGCGGUGGUAGUGGAGGGCACGGAGGUGGUGGCAGUGGAGGAGGAGGAGGAGGAGGCAGAUACGGAUCUUCAGGUGGUGGCGGAGGAGGACAUGGAGGAGGAGGAAGUGGAGGACGGGGUUAUGGAUCAUCUGGCAGAGGAGGAGGAGGAGGAGGAAGAGGUGGAUACGGAUCCUCAGGAGGUGGCGGGGGAGGACACAGAGGUGGUGGAAGCGGAGGAGGGGGAUACAGGUCCUCUGGUGGCGGAGGCUCUGGAGGCUAUGGAAAAUAA